UUGCUUCCGCGAGAAAAAAAACAUUUCCUCUUUUUUUCUUUAUUUUGUGUGUGUUUUGUUUCUAGUGAUAGCUUUGCUCUUGCUCGCUCUCCUCGCCUGGGCGAGAGCGAGACUCCGUGUGCGCCUCCAUCCACUUCGCCAUCUCCUCCAGCUGCAGGCCGGCGCCUCGCGCUCGCCGCCAGCAUUCCGGCAGUUCCUGCUCCGUGCCUUCAAGAGGGGGUAGCGGCGGGAUGGACGACCCGGGCGCCUCCGCCGACCCCGCCGGUGCCGCGCGCCACCACCUCUCGCCGCAGCAGCAGCAGCAGCUCGGGGGGCAGCCGCCAGUGCCGCGCUCCCCGACGCCGCUCGACCUGGCCUCCUCCUCCGCAGCCGCCGCGGCGUCCGGGUACCGCCGCCUCUCGCCGUCGCUCCGGCCGCCGGCGCACCCGCAGGCGGCGCGCCUCCCGUCGCCCUACGGCCAGAUCCCUUCGCCAGGCGGCGCCGGCGCCCACCACGCGCGCUCGCUCUCCCAGCCGCUCUUCUUCUCGCUCGACUCGCUCCCGCUGCCGCCGCCGCUGCCGCCCUACGCCGAUCUGGGCGCCGCGCCCCCCGCGAUACCGCCCUCCCCGCCGCCGUCGACCUCCUCCGACCCGCACCCGCCGCCGCCGCCGCCGCUCGGCUUGCCGCCCAGGAGGGCAGGCCACCGCCGCUCGCAGAGCGACAUCCCCUUCGGCUUCGCGCAGCUCAGCCCGCCGCUGCCCCCGCCGGCUCCCGUCAAGCGCGAGGUCACCACUGCGGCCGACGGCUGCAGAUCGGACGGCGGCGGCGGCGAUGACGCCGCGCUCUAUGAUCUCGUCAACUCGUACAUGGACCUGGACGGGCUGGACCCGCUCAACUCCUCCGAGGACCGCCACGAAGACCGCGACAGCCGCGCCAGCGGCACGCGCGCCGGGAGCGCGGCCGAGAGCAGCGAGAACGAGGCGGAGAGCCAGUCCACGUCGGUCGACAGGAAGGAUGGGGGCAAGUCCCGGCAUUGUCGUAGCCUGUCUAUGGAUAGCUUCAUGGGCAAGCUCAACUUCGCCGCAGGGGAUGAGUCUCCUAAGCUGCCGCUGCCGUCUCCUGGUGGCAGCCUCACUAGGAGUGGGAGUGGCUCAAUGGAAGGUGGUGCUGUCGCUCUGUUUGAUAUGGAGUUUGCCAAUGGGGAGUUUACUGAUUCUGAGAAGAAGAAGAUCAUGGCGAAUGAGCGACUUGCUGAGAUAGCUUUGACGGAUCCUAAGAGGGUCAAGAGGAUUCUGGCGAAUCGGCAGUCAGCAGCAAGGUCAAAGGAGCGCAAGAUGAGGUACAUUCAGGAGCUUGAGCAUAAGGUGCAAGUGCUGCAGACAGAGGCUACCACACUCUCAGCACAGUUGACAAUGCUGCAGAGGGACUCAGCUGGACUGGCUACUCAGAACAACGAGUUGAAAAUCAGGCUGCAAGCAAUGGAGCAACAAGCACAGCUGAGAGACGCCCUGAAUGAAGCGUUAACUGCCGAGGUCCAGCGUCUGAAACUCGCAACUGGGGAGAUAACUGAUGGACAUGGACGGAUGCCGAAGGGGCUACAGCAGCAGAUGAACUCCCAGAUGCUCCAGCUCCAGCAACUGCAAAUACAGCAGCAGGUGCCCCAGACACAGCAGCAGCAAGGCCAGCGACAGCAGCAGCAGCAGCAGCAGCAGCCCCAGAAGUCGGCAUAGAUCAGGUCUGAGAGAAGGACGAGGAAGCUAAUUGAGCAUAUGGCCAAUUGAAGGAUGGUGGGGAAAGAAAACCCCAAUCUUUUGCGUAUAUCAGACAGGUUGUAGGAUAGCAGCAAUAGUAGGGCGAGAGCCGCCAUGGUCCCUUGAGUUGAGUUGUUUUCGCCCGAUACCGCACCUUAGCUGGAGUCUGUCGUACCAUACAUGAAUGCCUGCCUGCCUAGUGUUGAGGCGUCUGGGUAGCGUCCCUGAACGUGUUCUCUCGGAGUUGGAGGUGUUUCUUCUUCUUCUUCUUCUGUACUUUUGUCUAAGAGGGCUAGGGUGUCACAAAUGUACCUGCGUAAUAGUGUAAUUAUUAUUAUUAUUUAGUGUCUGUGGAGUGGACUAGUAUGGAAGUGAAAAGCUUCCAACUUCACA